ACCAAGAACGGGCUUUUGGCGGUCGAAGGCUUCCGCGGCGCUGAGGGCGGGAGAUUCCCGACAGCUCGGGAGUCACAGGGGUGCCCCCGGCCUUCGCGGAAACGAUGGCGGAGGAAGAAGGACCAGCUAUAGAACUGCGCCAAAGAAAAAAGCCAAAGUCUUCAGAAUAUAAAGAAUCUGCCAAAGAAAAGAAAAUUGAUGACACUGCAGUUCCUGAAAGAGCCCCAAAACGUAAGUUAGGUAGAUUUGGAAUUUUAGUGUUACUACAAAAAUAGUUAUGCUAGUUAGUCUAUUUUGUAUUAAUGUGUUAAAUGUAUAAACAUAUUCUGUGGUUAACAUACAGUGAUAUCAGCCAGCUUUCAUUAGGUUGUGCUGUAGAACAACCCCUAAAUCUCACUCAUUUACAACAAACAUUUAUUUCUGAUUAAAAUUACAUGUGUGGCCACAGGUUGGCUGAUGUAGCUUUAUGUGUCACAAAGGAAUAGCCCCUAUUUAGGACAUGUUUUUCUUGUGGCAGAGGAAAGGAACAAGAGAGCAGGCAGAGUCAUGCAGUUCCUCUGAAAGUUUCUGCUGAACUGGUAUAUUGUCACUUGCACUCAUAUUCUAUUAGCCCAAUCAAGUCAUAUAGUUAAACAGUGAGAUGGAGGAGUAUGUUCUGACGACGGGUGACGACGGGGAAAACAUUGCAAGUGACAUGGUAGUGGUCAGGGAUAGAUAAUCUUUUUAUAGGAAAGGAUAAACUAGUUGGGAAUAACAAUAACAGUCUACCCUAUUCUGUCUUUUUUAUCAUAAAUAUUUUCUUCUCUCCUACAGACAAAAUAUAUUUGUUACUUCCCCUACACCAGGGAAGAAAGUCUUAUCUAGUCAUGGCAUCAGUCUUGAAGCCCAAGGUCUUAUUAUCUAUAUCUGGUCAGCUAUGACUCAUGAUCCAGAGACCUAUAAAGUAAAAAGACAAGUUAUCUGCUCUGUGUCCAGGUCCCCAAGACCACCUCUAUGUUCUGAAAUUAGCUAAGAGGACUCACAGGUAUCAGAAUACAGUCAUGUAUUCACAGCUGUGAUUUAUUAUCACAGCUAUGAUUUAUUACAGUAAACAAUACAAAACAAAUUCAGCAAAGGCUUAUGGGCUGAAGUCUACAAGAAACUAGGCACAAGCUUCCAGGAUUCCUCUCCAAAUGGAGUCACACACCACAUGCUUGCUUCUUUCAGCAUCAAGUUGUCAUGUUUAUAAUUUUGUCUACCAGGGAAGCUCAUUAGCCACUCUGCUCUGGGUUUUUAUUGGCAGCUGAUCACAUAACCUCUGCCUACCACAUACCAAAAUUGUAGACUCCCAGGAGGAAAGCAGUAGCAUGAACCACAUUGUUUGUACAAACAAGUUAGGCAAAGUAAACCAUUUUUAUCAGUUAAAAAAUGGUGGGAAUCCUAUUGAAAUCCAAGGUCCCAAAUGUCAGCCAGUAGCCUACCUUGCAAGGCAUUUCUUAGCAAAGUAGUUGCAGGCCUGCUAUGUUCAUUCUUUUCUGUACAUGCCCCUUUUCACAUUAUACAUUGUUGGACAGGAACAGGAUAACCAAAAGCUUUCAUUCAGAAAGAGGAAGAGUGAGAAACAUACAUAGCCACUGUCCAUAGCAAUUCUGAAAUCCUAGUAGGUAAAUAUGAGGUCUCCUUACCCUGGGGUAGGGAAUGUUUCUUGAUCAGGCCCCACUUGUUUUCCUUGGGAGUAGCUUCCUAGUUCAUUGUUCUCUGUGGUCCUUGGGUCCACCCUCUGUAGAUCCUUCCUUUUCUAUUAUCCUCCUGAACUAUAUCUGAAGAUAGCUUUGGAGAAUAGGCCAUUCUUAGGAGCUGAACAGCUUUCUCAAAUUGCUUCCUGCUCAUAUAGAGUUGAGGGCUCCUUUACAUAUAUUUGCUCAAAUAAGAUAAAGGCAAUAGGUCAUCUACAGAUCUAAUUCAGGGUCUGGCAGCAAGAAAACUUUGGAAGCUAGAAAAAUAAUCCAUAUUAUACAGUGACAAACAUUUUAUAAAACUUUCCUGUGAAUAGUUGCAUAUUUUAAUACUAAUUUUUUAUUAUUUUAGGUAACAAGAUUGCAAAACAGAGUGAUACUAGAGUGCCUUGGUUAUUAGCUGCAGUUAAUUAUAGAAAAGAUGAAUUUAGAACAGAAUUGGCCUAUUUGCAAGCAGGAAUGAAGAGGAAAAUAGAGAAUGCAAAAUAUCUGGGACGUGUAGUGUUGAAGUUAGAACUUUGUCUUUUUCAACCAGUAAAAAAAUAAAACUGAGAAAUACUUUGAGUAACAAAAGUUGAUUAAGAUGACCAAAUAAGGGCAUGGCUAUCACUCAUUAAAGUUUAUAAAUAGAUUAAGGUAGUUCCUAGUAAGUUCUUUUAAUUGGACAAAGCACUCAGGGAAAAAGAUCAAAGAGUGUGGUCCCACAAAAACUUGAUAAGCUCAAAAUACAUGUAAUUAAAUCUUUGAGGGAGGCAUAUGUAGAAAAAAAAAUGAGUAUAGUUAUUGGGAUAUGAAGCUGACUGGAAUCAAAUAAGUAAAAAGCCAACAAAAUUGUUCUUUUCUUUGCAAAAAUGAGUGAUUUGAUUUUUUUAAAUUAAGGUAUAAUUAGCAUACAAUAAAAUGAUAGAAUCUUAGGUACUAAAUGAGUUUUGACACUUGAAUACAGCUGAAACAAGAUAAAGAACAUUUCCGUUAUCCCAGAAAGUUCCUUCGUAUCUCUUUUCAGUAGAUUUCCUCACUGUUCCCCAAGACAACCAGUCUUCUGAUAUUUUUCAAUAUUGAUUAACUUUGCAUUUCUAGAAUUUCAUAUAAAUGGAAUCAUACAACAUGUAUGCCUUUGUAUCUGGAUUCUUUCGCUUAGUAUGUUAUCCUAUAUAAUGAUUUUGAGAUUCAUUCGUGUUGCUGUAAUUGUUUAUCCCUUCUUGUUGGACGUUUGAGUAGUUUCCAGUAUUUACCUUUUAUGAAUAAGGCUGCUGUGAACAUACUUGUACAAAUCUUUUUGUGGUCAUCUCUUUUUAUAUCUUGUAGGUAAAUACCUAGGAGAAUUGCUAGCUAAUCUUUUGAGAGACAUGUACUAUCAAAAGAACUGCCAACGUAGAUUAAAAAGGACAUAGUUAUUCAGAUCUUAAAAUGAUGUUUGUGUCCCUAACUUUCUACAUGCAGGAAGCAGGCUGGGGAAGCUAUUCUUAGGGUAUCUUUCUUGAGAAGGAAUGAUUGCCUUUGGGAGGGAAGUGAGUAUUUGUGAUUAAUGGGACAGACCCUGGUGGACCCUUUUAUUGUUCCCAAAUGUUUGCUCCCUUCUCUAAAAGUGGAUUGAUUAUACAUUCCUUCCCAUUGCUGUGUGAUUUAGAAUGCCUUGCUGAAGUGGAGUAUACUUCUGUACCCCGUUGUCAGGCUUAUUAUUGUGGCUUGCCUGGGUCAAUGGAAUGUGAGUGGAAAUAGCAGUAUGCUAGCUGACCAGAAGCUGUAAGAGGCACUGUAUGAUUCUGCCUGUUUUCCUCUUUUUUCUUGUCAUGAGAACAUGUACCAAGUAAGCAUUGAUCCCAGUCUGGAACUCUGAAGAAGAUACAAGGAGAAGAGCUGCAGCUAAUUUGAAGUCUGAAAUUGAGUAAAGAGUUACCGCCGACCUGAAACCCACAAUUAAAAUGAGAGCUUGAACGGGAAAUCACAUUUCAGGGUGACAGUGCCAUUUAUUACUCUUAUUAUAAAGAUAUGUUAAAGGCGCCUUCAUUUGAAAGAGGUGUUUACGAACUGACACACAAUAACAAAACUGUAUCUCUGAAGACCAUAAAUGCAGUGCAGCAAAUGUCUCUAUAUCCAGAACUUAUUGCCAGCGUUUUAUAUCAAGCAACUGGUAGCAAUGAGAUUAUUGAGCCAGUAUAUUUCUAUAUUGGUAUUGUGUUUGGAUUGCAAGGAAUAUAUGUUACUGCUUUAUUUGUUACAAGUUGGAUUAUGAGUGGAACCUGGCUAGCAGGAAUGCUUACUGUUGCAUGGUUCAUUAUUAACAGGGUAGAUACAACAAGAAUUGAAUAUUCCAUUCCUUUAAGAGAAAACUGGGCACUACCAUAUUUUGCAUGCCAAGUUGCUGCACUUACAGGCUACUUAAAAAGCAACUUAAAUACUUAUGGAGAGAGGUUUUGCUACUUAUUGAUGAGUGCUUCAACUUACACGUUUAUGAUGAUGUGGGAGUACAGCCACUAUCUCUUGUUUCUUCAAGCAAUAUCUCUGUUCUUACUAGAUAGUUUUUCACUGGAACAAAGUGGCAAGCAGGUUCAUGAAGUUUAUAAAAUCUAUAUAUUUUCUCUCUUUCUGGGAUAUUUACUGCAGUUUGAGAAUUCAGCUUUCUUGGUGUCUCCUUUAUUAAGCUUAGUAGUAGCCUUAGUGCUCGUUAAGUGCCUUCAGCUAAAUGUGAAGAAAGGAACUUUUGUAGCUAAAAUAAUGAAAGUGAUUAAUUUUUACCUGGUAUGUACUCUGACAGUGACAUUGAAUAUUAUAAUGAAGACAUUUGUCCCACACAAAGAAAAUGGGUACAUGCUGAAAUUCCUUGAAGUAAAAUUUGGACUAAAUAUUACUAAGAAUUUUACAAUGAAUUGGCUCCUAUGUCAAAAAUCCCUGCAGGCACCAUCUCAAGAUUUUUUUUUGCGAUUGACACAGUCUUCUUUGUUACCUUUCUACAUUUUAGUGUUAAUUAUUUGUUUUCUUUCUAUAAUGCAAGUUAUUUUUAGGAGAAUUAAUGAUAAGUCCCUGAAAAAAGCUGUUACUCUUGAAGAUGGACGAAUUGGAGAAAGGCCAGAAAUAAUUUAUCACGUGAUUCACACUAUUUUAUUGGGUUCUCUUGCAAUGGUUAUAGAAGGUUUGAAAUACCUCUGGACUCCUUAUGUGUGCAUGUUAGCAGCAUCUGGUGUAUGUUCUCCUGAACUUUGGACGACACUUUUUAAGUGGUUUCGAUUACGAACUGUACACCCAAUAUUGUUGGCUCUUAUUCUGAGCAUGGCUGUGCCCACUAUAAUAGGUUUCAGCUUAUGGAAGGAGUUUUUUCCAAGAUUAAUGACAGAAUUAACGGAACUACAAGAAUUCUAUGACCCAGAUACGGUGGAACUUAUGACCUGGAUAAAAAGGCAAGCUCCAGUUGCAGCUGUGUUUGCAGGGAGUCCACAGUUAAUGGGUGUGAUUAAAUUAUGCACUGGAUGGAUGGUAACAAGCUUGCCUCUUUACAAUGAUGAUGAUCUUCUCAAGAGAAAUGAAAAUAUCUAUCAAAUCUAUUCAAAGCGAUCUGCUGAGGAUAUUUAUAAAAUACUGACAUCUUACAAAGCUAAUUAUCUAAUUGUAGAGGAUGCUAUCUGCAAUGAGGUGGGAACUAUGAGAGGCUGUAGGGUUAAAGAUUUGCUAGACAUUGCUAAUGGCCAUGUGGAUUGUGAAGAGAGUGACAAGUUAACCUACUCAAAAUAUGGGCGAUUUUGUCAUGAGGUCAAAAUUAACUAUUCUCCAUAUGUGAAUUAUUUCACUAGAGUAUACUGGAACAGAUCCUACUUUGUGUAUAAAAUCAACACUGUGAUAUCCUUUCAGUCUUGAAAAUAGCAGAACCUUCAUUUCAGAUUUAUACCAUCUGAAGUAAAAUGUGAUUUUCUUCUACCUAUGUGGUAUCACUUUGGAGAUCAGAGUAUGGACAUUUGGAAUGUUGCUGCUGCUUUUCCCUUCCUGCUGUUAACUGAAUCCAGCAUUCUGUGGGGAAUAAAAGAUCAAGCAUUACUGUCCUUUGGAAAAAUGUCAAAUCUUACCACUGUGCAAUGUUCCAGCCAGGUAUUCUUGUUACAUGAUCUUCAAAGAGUUCACUUUCUAAACUAUUUUGGAUUUUUCCUCAUAAAUCUUCAUUCUAUCAUAACAUUGAUCUUGAAUUUGAAUAUGUUCAGGGUCAGAGUAUAUUUCUCAUAACAUUCAAUAUAUACUUAAUGUGACAUAAUUAUGGAAUAGAAGGAAAUAAUUAUUCUUACCCUCAAGGCAAUUUCUGAAGGUAUUUCAUGUUUAUAAUAGAACUGAAAUAUUACAAUAAAAAACUAAUUUAAACGUUAGCUGAAAAUAUGUGGCAUUUAAGUUAAAAUGGAAAUGAUAUAAAAAAAAGUGAUUUUUAAGGAUAUAUGUAGAGAUAUAUCCAGAUUAUCCAUGAUACUGCUCUCAUCAUCUGCUGCUUAUAUAGGUGAGCACUUUCUAAGCAGUAUACAAUGCAUGAUAUUGCAUUUUAUUUUAUGACUAUUAAGUAGUUAGCUUUUUUUAUACCCAUAAAUUUGGUACCAAUUUAAUUGU